UCCCCAAUGCCCCAUGCAUCUUUGCAGUUAACAAAACCAUUUGCCCACCCGGAGCAACUUGCUUCUUUUUCUCUUCACAGUCUUGUUCUUUAGCUUGAGCAGAAGCCCACAGAUUUACAAUAACCCUUCAAUUUAUCAAACAAAUUGACACACUCAUUGGCUCAGAUACCCAAAUUUCCUACAUUACUUUUGUGGUUCCCCUCUUGGUUUUGGGAAUCACAGAGAACUUAUCCAGUUUCCAGCAAUGGGUGCUUCGUCACUUUUCACGUCUGAACCAAACAGGUACCUCGUUCUCCUGAACCUCUCCUUUCUCUUGCUGGCAUCUUUCUUCAUUAAAACACAAUUCCAAUCCUUCACCUCCUCAUCAGAAUCCGUCCACGUUCUACGCACUUACAACCCUUCCAGUCUGAAAGACGUUCAAGGCUGCGAAGCUAUGCAAAAUUUGGAAAACUACGAAGCCAAGUGCUCCUUCCUUAAAUCCAACACUAACCCAUGCGUCUCCCAGGGCUACAUUGACUACCUCCGCCUCUACUACUGCACAUUCGGCGAAUGGCCUCUCCUCUGCUGCUCCCUCCUCUUCCUCUGGCUUAUAGUCUUGUUUUAUCUCUUGGGAAACACCGCCUCCGAGUACUUCUGUUCUUCCCUCGAAAACCUCUCAAGACUCCUCAAGCUCUCUCCCACCAUCGCCGGGGUCACUCUCCUUUCUCUCGGAAAUGGCGCCUCCGAUGUGUUUGCCAGCCUCGUUUCCUUCAUGGGUUCCGGGACCGGCAACGUCGGCCUGAGCACCGUCUUGGGCGGCGCUUCUUUCAUCUCCUGCGUCGUCGUCGGCGUUAUAAGCUUUUCUUUGCAGUCGCGACGGGUGUCCGUUAACAAGUCCGACUUCGUGAGGGACGUUUGCUUCUUCCUUCUGGCAAUUGUUUCGCUAAUCGCAAUGUUGAUCGUCGGCGAGAUCAGCAUUUGGGUUGCGUUGGGCUAUUCCUCCAUCUAUUUGGUCUAUGUGUUCGUUGUUUACGUCUCCCAUUUCCGUUCCAAGAAUGCGAAUGAGAAUAUGAGUAGCGAACUCGGAGUGCCCAUUCUGGGCGAAAUUCAGAAAGUAGAAGUCAAGAAAAGCAGUUCAUGUGGCAUUUUUUACUCUGCACUUGCAAUGCCGCUUCACUUGCCGAGGAGAUUGACCAUUCCCGUGGUUAGUGAAGAGAGGUGGUCAAAGCCAUUUGCGAUUACAUCAGCAGCAUUAGCCCCGCUUCUGCUUUCAGCCCUGUGGGUGUGGGAGGGGCCUGAAAAGGAGUAUGUGAAUCUCAGUACGGUGAUGAUGUGUGGAGUUGGGAUCGUGUGUGGGAUGGGGUUUGGGAUUCUUGCGUUUUUGACAACAGAGGGGUCUAACCCACCGAAGAAGGGUCUAUUUCCCUGGCUCGCAGGAGGGUUCUUGAUGAGCGUGACUUGGAGUUACAUGACAGCUCAGGAGCUGGUGGGUCUGUUGGUUUCGUUUGGUUAUAUAUAUGGGAUAAGCCCUUCCAUUUUAGGGCUGACUGUCCUUGCUUGGGGAAACUCACUUGGGGAUUUGAUAACAAAUUUGACAAUGGCAGUGAAUGGUGGCCCAGAAGGAGCACAGAUGGCUAUAUCAGGGUGUUAUGCUGGACCCAUCUUCAACAUUCUAGUUGGCCUGGGCUUCUCUCUUGUGGGUUCCUCUUGGUACAUGUACCCUUCUUCUGUGGUGAUUCCCACAGACCCAUAUCUCUUGGAGACCAUGGCUUUUAUGGUGGGUGCGUUGGUUUGGGCUCUUGUGAUUCUGCCAAGGAGGAAUAUGAGGCUUGAUGGGGUGCUGGGAGCAGGGCUUUUAGCCCUCUACUUUGUAUCUCUUUCUUUGAGACUGAUUCAAACUGUUGGGCUUCUCCAACUCCCUAUCUUUCACCAAAACCCAAACGCAUGACUUUCAUCUUAGUUUUUUGUAGUCCAACUAAUUGUUGAUGGUCUUGCCAUGCAGACUGAUUUAUUUCAUCGAGUCCUGAAAUUUCCAUGCUUGUUUUAUGA